UUCCAUGACAGUCUCAGGCUGCCGUUGAGUCUGUGAGCUGCCAUUGUUUCUGAAAAAGCAAACAAUUCCACAAGGCAUCUGAUUACAUAUAUCUUUAUCUGUCGCUGGUGCACUUUUGUUUCUUCUUCGCACCUUCGCCAAUAUCCAGACUCCCACCACAAGAAGCAUCAACGAAGCAUCGUUGCCCCGCUUAUCCAUCCAGGCCCCACAGCCGGCUCACAAUAACAAUCACCUCGAACGUCACUUAGAGCGGCAGGCUUUAAGCUGACGAUUCGUCUCUACGAUGGUUGACUGUGAUGUUUGCGACAGGUUCUUCAAGACAUCGUCGGCGCUUCGGCAGCAUCUCGAGGCGUCGCAAACACAGCAUCCGACCUGUAAUCGACAUGACCGCAUCUUCGCCUCCUGGUCGGCCUUACAGCAACAUAUUGACGACUCACAAUUCCACAAUAUCUGCGACAUAUGCCCCGAUGACGAUUCCGAUUUCCCCACCUCUGAUAUGCUGUAUGACCAUAAAGUUGAAGAGCACGAUUACUGUAACGAAUGCCAGGUUCAGUUUAUCAGCUCGUCCCAGCUUAUUGAGCAUGAUGUGUCUGAACACAACAUGUGCGAAACCUGCUCAAGAUGCUUUGCUACACCGUCGAAUUUGUUAAAUCAUCGCAAGACACAUGCUGAAAAAAGCGUGGAGUGCCCAGGUUGCACACGAUUCUUCAUCUCCGAUUCAGCCAUGGUACUACACCUUGAGACCGGCGGAUGCGCGUCAGGAACGAAUCGGAGUGAUGUCUGUGAUAUAGCAUUCGAUUGCUACCAGUCGGGACACUACACCUGCGAUGACGACCGAGAUUUUGACUUCAGUUGUCCAACAUGUGACGUCCCAUUCUUGUUCAUGAGCGCACUCUUGCAGCACGCCGAAAGCGAGGCCUGUGAUGAAACCCUGGAGUGGUAUACGGCAUUAGGAAAAUUCCUGCAUUUCUUACGUCAACGGAUCUGAAUGUCUAGGAGGGACAUGAGGAUAUCCCGCUACAUCUCCGUGUAGACGAGGUCAUCGGUCGACUCUUGCUAUGAAUGCAAGGGAAUCUUACACGGCAGCGCCACACGACGUGUAUAAUCUCCACUACAUACCUGAGACACGGUAUUUAAUAGGAGUGCUCCGCCUUCAAGGAGAGAGGUGGAAAAUAUCAGGCAGAUGAAUGGACAGGACCCAUAAUAUUAAUUGAAAUACACGUGGAAGAUGAUCAUCU